CCUCGUGGUGUUGCAGGUGACCGUGCGUCAGGUGAGCAGGACGUCUACCUGGAGAAGCAGCUGGAGCGCUUCGAGUGGCAGCUGAGGACGCUGAAGGAAGUGCUGUCAGCCAAUGGGAACCCGGAGAGGGCGGCGCUCCUGAAGGGCCACGCCGAUGAAGAGCUGUGCGCCCUCGUCCUGAGCGUCCUCGAUAAGGUGAAGACGGAGACGACAGCUGAUCUGAACGUCCUCCUUGAACACAAGAGUAAGACUGCCACUGAAGAACACGAGAGACACGUCCAAGAGCUGCAGAGGACACAUGACGCAGAGACGUCUGAGCUGACUGGACAGUUUGAAGCUGCUGAAAAAGUCCUGAAGGACAAAGUGGACGAGCUGACCGCAGACCUUCAGGUUUAUAACGAGCUGAAGAGACGAGUGGACGAGUCAACGUUUAAGAAGGACCUGCAGAGGAACAUCCAGGCCCACGGCAGCCCAGGUGCAUUCUGGGAGUCUGAGCAGGAGUCUCUGCUGUUCGUCAUCGAGAUGAAGACUGAGCGCGUGCAGGAGCAGAGCAGGAAGCUGCAGCAGAUGGACGCUCUGGUGGAGAAGAACCUGUCAUUGGAGGACCAGGUGGUCGUGGUGUUGCAGCAGAACGAGGAUCUCAGAGUUCGGAUUGAAAACUGUCAGAGUGUUGUUCAGGACUUGUCGAAGGAGCAGCAGGACCUGAAGGUGGCGCUGGAGAGGCAGGCGGUGAUCAACCAGAAGCUUUCUCAGGAGAAGGAGCAGCUGAUGUUCAAACUGAGGCACCGGGACUCGUGUCCGACCAUCCACCUGCCCGCCAUGGUCCAGGAGAUCGCUCCCAGAUGAUGAGAUCAGACCUGAGCGUGCACAGAACCCGGGCGGCCGAGUUCAGCUCACAGCUGGACUCUGUUACCGGGUCGGACAUGUUUAACAGAACCACGCAGCAUCACAGCCUGUGGUACUGUACUGACCCGGGAAAGGUCCGGACACGUCGACCCGUUUCAUUUUAUUUGUUUUUAUUCUGACGGUCAGCUCAAACUGAGACGCCGUUCUUUAAGUUUUUUCAGUCACACCAGAACCAGAACCAGAACCAGAACGUCUCCCAGCUCGCCGGUUUACGUGAGACGUGUUGACCAAUCAGGACGCUGCUGUGACCCGGCCUUCGUAACUACAACACACCUGAUGAAGUGCCUGACGCUCACGUAACACCUGAUCACACCUGAUCACGCCGACAUGAUGAUGGACUUCGUACAUCGGUUCACGCUUCACGCUCAAACUUGACUGACUCGAUCUUUGAGAAGCUCAGGUGAUCUGAACACGCCGCUUCAGGUUUGUGGAUGAAGUGCCUUACUCAGCGGCGAAGCUUCAAGAAGCACUUGAGUUGAUUUUGUCGACGUCCGUUCGAGGAACUCCACGGUUCUUCUGAGAACUUUUUCAUGUUGGCGGCGUGACAGCGAACAAUCGUCUCGAUUUCUUCAAGUUUAAGUUCCAUCACGUGUUUCAGGUUCCACCAAACAUCUCGGAGAUCCUCGAGAAUCCUCUCAGCUCUCGACUUUUUAAACCCUGUGGAUUCACGACUGUGUCAACACUGAAACUGAACGAAUCAGAAACACUCGAAUCAGCCGUGAUGUUCGUCGUCUGAUCCCGGGUCGGUUCGCGUUAGCUUCUCUUAGUUUUACUUUUUAAUGCAGAGCUGCUGUCGGGGAUCACGCCACUUCACUUUGUGUCAGAUGUUUAAAACUUUCAGUAUUCAUGAGCCGAAAACCAACAACCAAUCACAUCACACAUUUUAUUUUGGAGGUUUGAAAAUGUUUUAAGAGUUGUUAGCAUGCUGGCUAACCCGGUGAUCGUCUCGGGUUGUAAAAGGUUCACGAGCUUCGUUACCUGU